CGUGGUAACACUUAUGAGCACCCUUCAUUCUGGACACCAUCAUGCUCUCUGCGAAAGAUUCACCAAGGAUCGUGCAAAGUAUGAUGGGCACCACAGGAUCCGUGUUCUCAGACCUGAGGCUAUUUGCGACUACAACGCCCACAUGGGAGGCGUGGAUAAGUCAGAUCAAAUGAUAAAGUAUUAUGAAGUAUUGCAUAAGAGCCUCAAGUACUGGAAGAAGAUCUUUCUGCACAUGAUUGACUUAGCUAUUCUCAACAGCUUCAUCAUGUUUACUGCCCUUCAAAAACAAUAUCCUCAAGAUGAACGUCUCCAGAGGAAAGGGCAGUAUGCGCAGAAAGACUUCAGGUGUGAGCUUAUCCGAGGGUUGGCAGGAAUUGACAUUAGGGAACCGUUAGCUCAAUAUUGUUUUUUAACAAAACGAAUGAUACAGAUUCCCGCACCGACACCACAGCAACGGAGACGACAACAAGAAGAAGAACAACAACAACAACAGCAAAGCCAGCAAUUACAAUUACUAUCACAACUACAACAACAAAGAGUGCACACACAAGAACAACAACUCAUGCAACAACAACAACAACAACAACAAGAACAGAUGCAACAACAACUCGCAGAUGCACAACAACAAAUACAGCAAAUGCAACAACGACAGAUGCAAGAACAACAACAACAACAACAACAACAGAUGCAACAACAACAGAUGCACCAACAACAACUACUAAUACAACAACAGCAACAACAAAUACAACAACAACAACUAGAACAGAUGCCAAACCCUCGGUAUAGCUCACACAUGCCGGUUAUAGCAGAGGGGCUAGUACGUUGCAUUGUUUGUGUAUCUGAAGGCAGGAACAACACAAGGACCAGACUUUAUCAUACGGAGAGGUACCAUACUCAGAAUGACUGAAUAGUGGCUUUAUAUUGUAUAUUUACCACACUAGGAAUUGACUGUAUAUAUUGUAUAUAUUUCUAUACAGUGUUGUAUAUUUCUAUUUAUAUGUUGUUGUAUAUUUCUAUUUAUAUAUUGUUGUAUAUUUCUAUUUAUAUAUUGUUGUAUUAGGUGAUCUAUGUUAUGUUUCACGAUUUGUAUAUAGUAAAAGUUUGUUGUUUUUUAGUGUUGGUUUAGGUGUAUAUAUGUGUAUAUAAUUGAAAGUGUAAAGUCACUGCUGAAAAUAUUUUGUA